AUGUCGGUAUACGAAGACGGCUCAGUCAUGUCGGAGCGUGUUCCGGAUGCUAAAGCACGCACACUUACCUGCGAGUACUGCAGCUUGAGGCUACAAGAUAAGAGGUGUGAACGUGUGCUAGUAUACGGACUUGUCACCUUGAUCAUUCUGCUGCUUGCAAACAUUCUGUUUCUCUUUGUGCAAUACUCGGGCUUUCGAUCUCUAUCAAGUCCUGUUACGAACACUAGCACGCCUGCCUUCGAUGCAGUCGAAUAUGUUGAAGCCGAUCUCUAUGAUAUGUACAGCAUCGGAGACGAGUACCUUGGACCUCCAACAGCAGAAAGAGAGCAGAACUGGCGCGAUCUAUGGCAGCACGAGGUUACCAUGGUCCCCAAAUGGGCCAUGCCGAUUUUGAAUCGGUCGCAUGUAGAACUAUACGAGCAAGUAGAGUCGCAGAGUAACGAAGGAUUCUCGGCCAUGUUAAAGGUGUAUCACCAGCUAGGAUGCCUGGAUAUAAUACGGCAAUAUACCUGGAUCCAAGCGGGUAGAUAUCCACCAGAUUUGAUUCCUCCGGAAAUGCAGAAAUCACCGGGAGAACUACGAUCCAAUAUUGACAGAUGCAUUGACGAUCUCCGUGUUAGCCUUAUGUGCGCUGCUGAUGUGACCCCGAUCUUGAUCACCAAGGAUCGUGACUCAUCCUCGGAGUAUAAAGCUGAACUGAACAGCCAUCACAAGUGUCGUAACUUUACGAAAUUGCAGGAUUGGACAAGAACACAUGGUAUUGAGCAUUGGGAGAAUGGUGGAGGGUUUCAUGAACAUGGGGAAUAG